UAAAGAGCACAUACUGAUCCAUCUCCUUUAAAAACAAUUAUCUACGCCAAAUUUGAAUACUUCAUACGUGAUGUUACGAGAAAAAUAUAAAGGUCUUCCUAGGGUCACGCUAAAAAUUCAAGACUUCAAUUGAUUCAAAGAGGAGAUCGACUCGCGCGGUGUUGCCGAAUGCAACAAAAUGGCGCACAACCUAUCCUACAUUUCAUCUUCAAACUGCUUGUUUUUGGACACAAACCUUCAGCCUUUGCCUUACAUCAGUGUAGCAAAUAUAGUGGCCUGCGUUGUGAACGCGAUUUUUGCGUUCAUUGCCGCGUCAUCGAACGCUAUCGUAUUGAUAUCCGUGUGGAAGUCACCAAGCCUUCAUACCGCACAGAAUACUCUCCUAUGUUCAGUGGCCCUUUCUGAUUUCCUUGUUGGCGCUGUGCUUCAACCUUUAGACGUCGUUCAAAGAAUUAUGGAGGAGAAACAAAACAUUGAGAUCUACUGCAGUAUUCGUUUGGCCAAGAACUCUUUGGCUUGGAUAAUAUCCAGUGUAUCAUUUUUUAUUUUGACAUCUAUAAGUUUGGAGAGACUUGUGGCACUCUUAAGACCCCUUCAUCAUGACAGGCUGGUUACUCACCGACGUAUCUUGCGCUUGGUGUUUAGUUUUUGGGUCGUUUGCAUAACGAUUUAUAUGCCGAGAUUUUUUGGUCUUUCAAACACGACAUUCCUUUUUAUAGCCUCGAUCCUCGUUUUUGCAAAUUUGACCGUCAUCGCUGUGAGCUACUUUAAAAUAUUUCAAGUCAUCAAGUUCCAUCAGCGAAGAAUCGAUCACGAAGCGAACUUGAGGAGCCGUUUUCACGGCCCGAAGGCCGACGGGGACAUGAAACGGUAUAAAACGUUUACAGUAACAGCAGCAUAUAUAGUAGUGCUUGUUGUUAUGUUCUAUGUCCCAUUUUUUUGUUAUCUCGUCGCCUAUGCCAUUCUUGGAUUUACCGGACCGGUUAAGUUAACUUAUAUUUGCAUAGAGACAUUAUCUUUUGUUAACUCUUCUGUAAAUCCUUUUGUAUAUAGUUAUCGCUUGAGAAAUAUUCGUCAGGCAAUUUUAAGAACCUUGAACUUGGCGAAGCCAAUGUCUCCCGGGAGAAAUUCCUUUAGCCGCCGUUGCGAGGAAGUGGAUACUCGUAGCAGACAUGUACCUAGUUAAAACUAGCGUAAAGAGAAGAUACUCGGCGAUUAUUUCCAUGAAGGAAUUUCGAUUUGUCGUUGAGAAAUACCUUAAGAUAGAAUAAAACCUUGAAAAAAAAAAUAUUUGCUGGGAUAGACGAACAACCGAAAAAGCUAAUAAUAAUCCGAAAAAGAACUCUUAUGACUAAGAAUUGCGUUUAUUGACACCGAACGGAAAUUACGAACUUUCGAAGUUAAUGUCACGAUCCAAAUUUAAACUGUGAGGUGACCUAAAGACAUAUGAACUCAAGUGUAGGCAAUCGAAUGGGGUCGAAUAGCAAUUGUGGAUUAAAAUUACGCGUGUUUCAGAAGUUGCAGAAAUGUCCCAAGUCGUG